UGUACCGGAAGUAAACAGGGCGAAUGAUCUCGCAGAAAAAAUGUGUUACUGGAGUAAAGGGCAAAUUCACAACAGUUGUUUACAUAGUACAGUGUGGAGAAGGAAUUAAAUGUUACAUUCAUUGUAGCUCUUCGCCCUUCUUUCUCUUCCCAGCACAGAUCACAGACACGCCGCAGAAUGCUGCAGAAUACAGGGAAGCUGGCAGGAUGUACCCUCUUCAUUACCGGGGCGAGUCGGGGUAUUGGCAAGGCCAUUGCUCUCAAAGCUGCGAGGGAUGGUGCCAAUGUGGUCAUCGCUGCCAAAACUGCCGAUCCUCACCCCAAACUGCCUGGCACCAUCUACACAGCUGCAGCAGAAAUUGAAGCUGUGGGAGGGAGAGCGCUGCCCUGCAUCGUAGACGUCCGUGAUGAGAAGCAGAUAAAUGAUGCUGUGGAACAGGCGGUUGAGAAAUUUGGAGGGGUUGACAUCUUAGUGAACAAUGCCAGUGCCAUCAAUUUGACAGGAACUUUGGAUACUCCAAUGAAGAAAGUGGACCUUAUGCUGGGCAUUAAUCUAAGGGGAACAUACCUGACGUCUAAAUUGUGUAUCCAACAUCUACUGAAGAGCAAGAAUCCUCACAUUCUCAAUCUCAGUCCACCUCUCAACCUAAACCCCAUCUGGUUCAAAAACCACACAGCGUACACAAUGGCAAAGUAUGGCAUGUCCAUGUGUGUACUCGGAAUGGCCGAGGAGUUCAAGGGGUCUAUUGCUGUUAAUGCGUUAUGGCCCAGGACAGCCAUCCAGACAGCUGCUAUGGAAAUGUUGGGUGGUGCUGGAGUGGGUAAACAGUGCAGGAAGGUGGAGAUCAUGGCUGAUGCAGCGUAUGCCAUCUUCAAGAAACCCACCAGCUUCACUGGACAGUUUGCCAUUGAUGAGGACAUUCUCAAAAAGGAGGGCAUUAAAGACUUUGAUGUAUAUGCUGUUGAACCAGGUCAUCCAUUGCUUCCUGACUUUUUCUUGGAUGAACAGCCAGAGGAGCUAGUCAGGCAAAUGGAGGAGCAUGGUGCUUCUCCAGUUUUCAAGAGUAGAAAAACAAGUGAAGAUUCAGUCACCGCUGGACCUAUUGCUGACACAUUCAACGUAAUCAGAGGAAUUCUCAAUCCAGAUAUUGUGAAAAGUACACAAGGAGUGUAUAGAUUUGAUUUAUCAGGUGAGCAUGCUGGAGUCUGGUAUCUUGACCUGAAGAAUGACGCAGGAAGUGCUGGCAAAGGGGAACCUCCUGUCAAAGCUGAUGUCGUCAUGUUGAUGGACAGUGCUGAUUUCAUCAAGAUGUUUUCAGGGAAAUUAAAGCCGACCAUGGCCUUCAUGUCUGGAAAGCUGAAGAUUAAGGGCGAUAUGGGUCUGGCCAUCAAAAUGGAGAAGAUGAUGGCCAUGAUGAAGUCUAAGCUGUAAUAACUCAAUCUUCUGCCAUAAUUCAUGUACAUGAUUUAACAGUGUGUUCAUUUGCUCUUUUUCUAUGUCACUGUUUUUAAAAAACAUAAUUUUCCAUUAAUUGUUUUAUCACCUUAUGCUAUUUAACACUACUGUCAUUACAACUGCCAGUUUUGUGGUAAGAUUAAAAAGUAGCAUUAAAAGUUAUUUGGCAACAUUUACCAUGGUAACUUUUAGUUUUUAGUUAUGUUUACUUCAAAAAAAAAAAAAAAAAUUGAAAGAGCACUUUUAUGUGUUUAAACUUUAAGUUGGCAUUUAGAUAUGGUCUGAUAUAAAUACAAAUCAUUUGACAAAAACAUUUUGUAUUGUCAUGCAUGAAUUGUGUAACAUAGAAAUUCAAUAUAAAAUCCACACAUUUUGUAUAGAAAAUACAGAGUGACAAAAUGUUAUAUGCCAGGAAUAAGAAAAGACUACCUUUUGAAAAUAAUUUUCCUAUUAAAAGACAAUAUCAGAUGUAUAUAAAAAUGUAUAUCUGUAAUAAAAGUGUUAAAACAAGG